AAUGAAGACAAGAGAAUGAGGUUGCUUUUCUUAAAUCACAGCGAACCACCAUUUUCACAAUUCCUUGUUAUUCUUCUUCUUCUUCUUUUUGUUGCUGCUGUUGGUGGUGGCUGUGGUUGUUUUGUUGCCGCCUUUCCCCUUCAAUUGGCUGCUUCGUAACAGCCUCCACUACCGCCACCACAACGUUUUCCUUCAAAACUAUCUUUUCCCUCCUCCCUUGCCACCACCACCCCCACUUAAUUCCCAUCCUUUGUUAUUUUUGCUUGCUUGGUGCCUCAAAAUUUGAUCAUUUGUGUCUUUUUUAAAUUUGAAUAUAAUAAAAAGUUAUUGAGAAAGAGAAAGAAAUGAGAAAGGAAAGGAGAUCAAGAAGGAUUAAUAGAAUAGGAAGUUAUGCAAUAUCAUCAUCAAUGUCGAUGAGAGAUCAUCGGAAACAACCUUGUAUUACUUGCACAACGUUUAACAUUCUUGCACCUAUCUACAAACGCUUGAACGUUAACAAUGAUAAGAACCAGGAUUCUCGUGAAAGUGAUUACAGAGCCUAUUGGCUUGUUAGAAACCAGAGGAUUUUGGAUUCUUUGUUGCGUGAAAGAUCUUCCAUUAUUUGUCUUCAGGAAUUCUGGGUAGGAAAUGAAGAGUUGGUCAACAUGUAUGAGAAGAGAUUAGGUGAUGCUGGCUAUCUUAAUUUCAAGCUUGCACGUACUAACAACAGGGGUGAUGGGCUACUGAUUGCCGUGCGCAAGGAGCAUUUCAGAGUUAUUGACCAUAGGGAAUUGCUGUUCAAUGACUGUGGAGAUCGAGUUGCUCAGUUGUUACAUGUUGAAUUAGCUGCCCCUUAUUCACCGUCCCGGAACAAUGACACUCGACAAGAAAUUCUCAUUGUCAACACCCACUUGUUAUUUCCUCAUGAUUCAAGUUUGUCUCUUGUAAGAUUGAAUCAGGUCUACAAAAUCCUGCAAUAUGUGGAAUCUUAUCAGAAAGAAAACAAGCUUAGCCCGACGCCUAUUAUGCUCUGCGGUGACUGGAAUGGGAGCAAACGUGGGCAUGUUUACAAGUUCCUCAGAUCACUAGGCUUUGUAUCAUCAUAUGAUAAUGCUCAUCAGUACACUGAUGCAGAUGCUCACAAGUGGGUUAGCCACCUUAACCAUCGCGGAAAUAUUUGUGGUGUGGAUUUUAUAUGGCUUCUUAAUCCCAAUAGAUACCGAAAGCUACUAAAAACAAGUUGGAGUGAAGCAGUAUUUGGCAUGUUCAAGUAUCUAGUACGGAGAGCUUCCCUGACUGAAGAAGAUGCCUUUGCCUUACUAAAGGCUGAUAAUGAUAGUGAUUGCAUUACCUACUCAGGCUUCUGUGAAGCUCUUCGGCAGCUUAACCUAACCGGGCAUUGUUAUGGACUCAACGACGAGGAAACAAAGGAUUUGUGGGUGCAGGCAGACAUUGAUGGCAAUGGUGCUCUUGAUUAUAAAGAAUUUCAGCAGCGAAUUUGGAAUCCUACAAGGUCAGAUCAGAAAGAUGAUGGAAUCCUAGAUGAUGAUCACAAGGGUGGAGAAGAGCAAACCAUUGGUUUCAGUGUGGAGAAUGCGGUGCUAUUCCCUCCUGAGGUAGAAAAAGGAAUGUGGCCUGAGAACUACUAUCUUUCCGAUCACGCCCGACUCACGGUGGUGUUCUCACCAAUAAGAAUGCCAUGCUCACAAUUGAUAUCAUGACAGUCCUCAAAUGAAAAACAGGCACAGGAUUUUAUAACAUAAUGAUGAGCAGAGCAUGAGGGGCCACAAACAGGUUGUCAGAGGGGUGCUAAAACCGGCGCAAGAAUUAUCUAGUGAGAGGCUUCAAAUUCUCUUUUAGACGGAGCAAUGGCCGAUUGAUUCCUGCUCCAAAUUUAACAGCCUUAGUGUUGAGAGUGUAUCAUGUUGCUGCAGAUUCUCCAACGAACUUUCUCCAUUUGAAUGUUCAAGGACUCCUGUUGGACACUAAUAGACUGAACUAGCUAUGCCAAUCUCCUCGUUGGACCCAGUUUCUGCUUCGUUUGCUUGCUCAUUGACAAUGAAAUAGGAAGGGGGAAUAAAUGAAAGAGAGCAGAGGAGGAAUUUUACUCUUGUGGAUACAAGUAGGCAGCCAUCACUUUCUGUAGAUUUUGGUGAGUGCAACAGUACAAUAGUGCUUCUAGCACUUGGACCACAUUUAGAUUGUAGACAUGCAAGAAUCGUCUUGUAAUAGAGUUUUUUCCCUGCCUCUGUAGAUCGUUUAUACAAAUAGUGGUCGUAGUUGAUCAAACCGUACAGAGAUAAAUCUCAGAAUCUAAUAAAUCAACCAAUCUAUCUUUUUUA